AUGCUCCGAGCAAAUGGUGCAGCGUCACGGCCUCCGAAACUGUUGCGAGCAAAGAGUGAGGUAAGUUCUGACCGUAGGCAUGGCGGGCAGGAGGGCGCGGAGGAGGGCGGUGGCAGUCAGCAUCGCAACUUCCGAAUGCGACACGGGUGGGAGGCUCAAUUGAAGGACAAGGAGCACGCGACCUUACUCAGUCAGACCUUCUUCAUGUACUUUGAAGACAAGCGUCACGAGACUGCCGGCAACCUGCCCUCCGACUAUGACCCGAAAGUGCUUGUGGGAGAGUGGCGGAUGAAGGAUCGCUUGAAGACCAUCUCCGCCAUCCUCGCCGUUUGCCUGAACGUCGGCGUCGACCCACCGGAUGUCAUCAAGACUAACCCAUGUGCGCGCCUCGAGUGUUGGGUGGACCCCAUACCGCCUGAUAGCACCACGCAGCAGAAUUCCACCAACACUAGCAAUGCGCAGAUUGGUAAGAACCUGCAGAGUCAAUACGAGAACCUGAGUUUGAGGACUCGGUACAGAGUGAUCCUUGAUCCGACCAUCGAAGAGCUCCGGCGUUAUACUACCAGUCUGCGUAGAUCGGCGCAUGCCGAGCGGAUACUCUUCCAUUACAACGGACACGGCGUGCCGAAGCCUACAGCGAGUGGAGAGGUGUGGUGCUUCAACCGCAGCUACACGCAAUACAUCCCUAUCAGUCUGUAUGACCUGCAAGAAUGGGUCGGUGCGCCUGGUCUGUGGGUAUGGGACUGCAGUGCGUCUGGCGGUAUCAUUAAAGGCUUCCUUGACGGCGCUAAGCGCCACGAUGCGAACCAAGAUGAAGCGCUGAAGCGUGAUCCGGCGCGUGCGCAGCAGCCACUUAUCAAAUGGGACGACUGCAUCCACUUGGCUGCCUGCAAGGAGAGCGAAGUGCUGCCGACCAACCCAGAUCUACCCGCGGACAUCUUCACAAGUUGUUUGACGACGCCAAUAAUAAUGGCGGUUCGCUUCUUCAUCCUACAGAAUCCGCUUCCACUAAAUUCGGCCAUUACAUUGGACACCGCGCGCAACAUUCCUGGCAAAGUGUCCGAGCGUCGAACGCCUCUUGGAGAGCUGAAUUGGAUCUUUACAGCCAUUACCGACACAAUUGCAUGGAAUUCCCUACCCCCACCACUCUUCAAGAAGCUGUUCAGGCAGGAUCUCAUGGUCGCGGCGCUAUUCCGGAACUUCUUGCUCGCGCAAAGGGUCAUGCGCCAGUACCACUGCCAUCCACAAUCCUGGCCGCAGAUACCGGAGACCCACAACCAUCCGCUAUGGCGCAGUUGGGACGCUGCAGUCGAUGGCAUACUAAAUCAGGUGCCGAAGCUCCUCGAGCAGCAAAAGGCGAGCGAACCACUUGAGUACCAGCAUUCGGACUUCUUCGCCGAUCAGCUCUCCGCAUUCGAAGUCUACCUUGCCUCAGCGCCCGCCUCGACAUCCUCAUCCGGCUACGCCAAGCCACCCGAACAGCUCCCGAUCGUGCUGCAAGUCCUGCUUUCGCAAGUCCACCGCCUCCGCGCACUCAUCCUCCUCAGCAAAUUCCUCGAUCUCGGUCCGUGGGCGGUCAAUCUUGCCCUCAGCAUCGGCAUUUUCCCAUACGUUCUCAAGCUCCUGCAAUCACAAGCACUGGAACUCAAGCCGCCCAUGGUGUUCAUUUGGGCACGCAUCCUCGCAGUCGAUCAGAGCUGUCAGUCUGACCUCCUCAAAGACAACGGCUACACUUACUUCACCUCUAUCCUUAAUUCAGCUACCGGCAUUCCGCUCGGUAACGUUGCUGAGCAUCGCGCGAUGUGCGCUUUCGUCAUCUCCAUGUUCUGCCGGGACUUUCGGCCCGCGAAGCAGGCGGUGCUUGAUACGAACCCGGAGAUCAUCGAGGGGUGUCUGCACCAUCUAUUAGACAUGGAAAACCCGCUUCUUCGUCAAUGGUCCUGCUUCUGCAUUAGUAAUCUGUGGCGGGACUUCGAACCGGCGAAAAAGGCCGGCAUGGCUGCGCAAGCACACGCGAGGAUUCGAGAUCGAAGCCACGACCCUGUUCCUGAAGUGCGCUGCGCGUGUCUGGACGCGUUGACGAGCUUCGUGUGUACGGGUAUGGGCGAGCCGAUCGAUGCAGCGAUCCAGCUCGAGGAGGAGACGAUGGCGAGUGUGGUUGUGGCGAUGGGCAUGGAUGGUAGCAUCAUGGUGCGGAAGCAGCUGACGGUGUUUUACUCGACAUUCAUCAAGAAGUAUGAGAACCGCAUCAUUGUCGCUGCGUGGGAGCAGCUGCUUGAGGAGCGAGAUAAGCGUACUGGCGCGGAAGACGAUUCUGGCCUGCAUCCGGAUGGUAUUGACGAAGACGGCCAGCCCGAAUUGAAUGGUAAGCCGACGCGGACGUUGAGCAAGAAGACGAUCUACCGUGCGAUCUGGCGGCAGAUCCUUUCCAUGUCCGCGGAUCCGCAUCCGGAGGUUGCAAGGAACGCAUCGAUUGUCGUCGAUUACGUGAUUGGAGCGUUGCUCGACUCACCACUCGGUGUCCAUGCGAACCAGAUUCUAGAUGAGAUUAUUUUACUGGGUCUAAAGCGGGAUCAUGCCGCACUCUCUGGGAUGGACGGACUCAGCAGGCAAAGGAGCCGAGACUCGAGACCGCAGACGCCACCCUCGCCCGCGGCCAGUACGGCGAGCAGGCCUGUUGAUGGCUACUUUGCUCAACCGCUCAGUCGCACCGCAAGCGUGGCGGCAGCCAUGAAAAACUGGUUCACCGGCGCCAAAACGCCCACAGAGCCACCGUCACCCACGCGCUCCCACCGAGACGCUCUCGACCACCACAUCAAUGGUCCGCCUCAUCAGCCUAAAGCCAAAGUCCCACCGUCUCCGUACUACGUGGACCGCGACGUUAGCCAACCGCCUACCAUACCACUACAGUCUAACUUCUUCGCCUGGUCAACCUCGUACUUCCGCGAACCGCAGAUGCGACCCUCAGAGGCGGAUGAGCCAGGCAGUCUGGACUACAACGAGCGCCUCUGGCGUCGCAACCGCAACGACAAGAUCAUCGCGUCUACGCAGCCGCUUAAGGACGCUGCGGGGAGUCAGCGGUGGGAUGUACCAUGCGGGUACUUCGGGAUCGGGGCGGCGCCGGUGAAGAUGGUGUUUCACCAGUUCGAGAACCAUCUCGUCACCAGCGAUGAUCGGGACAGUAUUGCUGUGUGGGACUGGAAGGAGGCGACGCAACUUGCUCGUUUCUCGAAUGGAAACCCGGCUGGUAGCCGUGUGACGGAGGUGCGGUUUAUCAAUGAGGAUGAUCAGGCUAUGCUCAUGACGGGUUCGAGCGAUGGCGUGAUCAAGAUCUUCCGCUGUUACGACGAUGUUAAGCACAUCGAGCUAGCGAGCAGUUUCCGCGCCCUCUCUGACCUAGUGCUGAGCGACCGACAGAACGCGGGCUUGGUGUUCGACUGGCAGCAAGGCCAAGGUCGUAUCUUGGUGGCAGGUGAUGACCGGGUGAUUCGUGUCUGGCAAGCAGGACACGAACUCUGCAUUGUCGACAUCCCUGCUCGAUCGGGCUCCUGCAUUACGAGCUUAACCUCUGACCAGGUCGAAGGCAAUGUCUUCAUCGCCGGAUUCGGCAAUGGCUCCUUGCGCGCUUACGACCAGCGACUGGCACCCAGGGAAAGCAUGAUCAUGGACUGGGUUGACCGUAAAACAGACCAUCGCUCUUGGAUCGUUGGCGUACACCUUCAGCGCGGCGGUAUGCGCGAGCUGAUCUCCGCCGAGUCUAACGGCGGGAUUCGGCUCUGGGACAUCCGCAUGCGCAAAGCAGUCGCCGCACUCAACCCGCCUUCCUCCCGAAGCCAGCCAAGACAACUGCGGACACUCGCCGUACACGAACACGCCCCCGUGUUCGCAACAGGCGGCGCGGAUCAUACGAUUCGAGUGUACAACACCACCGAUCUCAAGCAGUUGUCCACCUUUGAGCCGUAUAUGAGUUACCUGCGAUUGGCGAAUGUGCCGCGCAAUGCUCCCAUUACGGCGACGGCGUUUCAUCCGCACCGGUUGAUGAUGGCUUGUGGCGCUGUUAACGAUGGACAUGUGAAUUUGUUCAAGUGUGAGGCCAGUGGCAAGGAGGGGAGGGAGACGGUUGUGGAGGAGUGGAGGGGCUGA